GAGACACAUAAGAAGGAGCAUCCCGCGCUCGCUGCUGAGCCUCCAAACACCUUACUGCUCCCCUUUUAAACCUUCCAUACCAUACACAUCCUUCAGAAUGUCUUCCGGAAAGACGGUCACUCUCAACACCGGCCACAAGAUUCCUCAACUGGGAUACGGUACAUGGCAAGCUGCUCCCGGUGAGGUUGGCAAUGGUGUCUACGAGGCACUGAAGAUUGGCUACAGGCACCUCGAUCUCGCGAAGAUCUACGAGAACCAAAAGGAGGUUGCUGAGGGCAUUAAACGUGCCUUCAAGGACAUCCCCGGCCUCAAGCGUGAGGACAUCUUCAUUACCUCUAAGCUCUGGAACACCCAGCACAACCCUGAGCACGUUGAGGCUGCCCUCGACGACACCCUCGCUGAGCUCGAGCUCGACUACCUUGACCUCUACCUCAUCCACUGGCCGGUCAACUUCGGCCCUGGCAAGAAUCCUCACUCUGACCUCUUCCCUGCCACCGCCGACGCUAACGAGGUCAACAUCGAUAACUCUGUUCCCAACAGCGAAACAUGGAAGGCUGUCAACAAGCUUCCCAAGAGCAAGGUCCGCUCUGUCGGUGUUUCGAACUUCACAUACAAGAACCUCAAGGCUCUGAUUGAGAAGACCGAUCUAGUUCCUGCCGUCAACCAGAUCGAGCGUCACCCUAUCCUCCCUAGCAAGGAGCUCAUCGCUUACGCCAAGGAGAAGAACAUCCACAUUACUGCCUACUCCGCCUUCGGCAACAACUUCUUCAACAUUCCUCUCCUCAUUACACGCCCCGAGGUUAAGGCUAUCGCCGAGAAGAAGGGGGCCUCACCCGCUCAGGUCAUCCUUGCCUGGAGCCAGGUCGGCGGUCACUCUGUCAUCCCUAAGUCUGUCACGCCCUCCAGGAUCGCAGAGAACUUCAAGGAGAUCGAACUGAGCGAAGAAGAGGUCGCUGCUAUCCAGAAGUUCUCAGACGAGCACCAGGGUCGCAGGAGGUACAACGUGCCAUACACUGCCAACAAGCCCCGGUGGAGCAUAAACAUCUUCGACGAGCCUGAGGAGCAGGAGGCACCCAACAAGGUUGUGCUCUAGUUGCUACAUCUCUUAUCAGGUUUCCAAAAAUGCAUGUCUUAAGACUUGAUAUCUCUCUACCUCUCUGUUGUCCUCACUCAUUGCUCCGCCUAUGGAAGACCAGUUGUGUGCUGACUUUAAUGAGCAAUUCAGUCGAAUCAGAAGGGUGCAGCAGGUCUACGACCAACGUGGGCAUGUAUACGACGUGCAGGACUCUCCAUCAGGCUCUACUUCCAAUCAACUAUUCAUUUACGUAAAAAGAGCGGCAGAGGUAUCAAAUGAGAACCUUCAUCAGAUCUUGACGCCCUGCUCACCAGGCUAGAUUGCCU